CGACGGCGCCGUUGGGGAGGGGCCAGUGGGGGAGGGAGAGGCGCAGUGACAGGUACCGCGGAGGGUGCUGCUGAGGCGACGAUGGCAGAGGGGCCCGAGGAAGCCCGAGGCCGCCCUCCGGGGCAGGACGAAGGCGGAGGAGACCACGAGCUGGUCGCCGCCGCGAGUGGCGCCUCCGCCGCCGCUGCUGCAACCGCCGCCCCCCGCCCCCGGGACGGGCCGCAGGCCGAGCCUCAGGCCCCGGGCCGGCCCCCAACCCCCGACCCCGCGCCCGCCGCCGCCGAGGAGCCGGAGCCGUCGCGGGAGCCCCGGAAGCGCAGGGAGGCGGUCGCCGGGCCGCCGGAGUCGGCGGGCUGCGAGGCGCCCGAGGCCGCGGCGCCCCGGGAGAGGUCGGCGAGGCUGAGCGCCCGCGAGUACUCGCGGCAGGUGCACGAGUGGCUGUGGCAGUCGUACUGCGGCUACCUGACCUGGCACAGCGGCCUGGCCGCCUUCCCCGCCUACUGCAGCCCGCAGCCGCCGCCCAGCUAUCCCGCGGCCGGCGCCGCCCCCCAGGCCGCCGCGCCGCAGCUCGGCUACUACAGCCCCUUCUACUUUCUGGGCGCCGGGGCCGCCGGGCCCGAUGCGGCGGCGGCGGCAGCGGCGGCGGCGGCGGGCAUCGCCACCCCGGCUCCGGUUGCGGGCCUGGGGCCGCGGGCUGCUCCAGGGCCCGGGGUGGUGCGGGCGACGCCAGUGACGAGAGCAGGACCCGCGGUGGCUGCGCGGACGGCGAGCGAGGCCGCGCGGCAGGCCGGCAGAGAGUAUGUUAUUCCAUCCUUGGCCCACAGAUUUAUGGCAGAGAUGGUGGAUUUCUUUAUUCUCUUCUUUAUAAAAGCAACCAUUGUCUUAACCAUUAUGCACCUCAGUGGAAUAAAGGAUAUCUCUAAGUUUGCAAUGCAUUAUAUAAUAGAAGAAAUAGAUGAAGACACAUCAAUGGAAGAUUUGCAGAAAAUGAUGGUCGUGGCACUUAUAUAUAGAUUAUUAGUUUGUUUCUAUGAGAUAAUUUGCAUUUGGGGAGCAGGUGGAGCUACCCCAGGGAAGUUCCUGCUAGGGCUUCGAGUUGUGACAUGUGAUACGUCAGUGCUAAUUGCACCAAGUCGAGUUUUAGUGAUUCCUUCCUCAAAUGUUAGCAUUACAACGUCCACCAUACGAGCUCUGAUCAAGAAUUUUUCUAUUGCUUCUUUUUUCCCUGCAUUCAUCACACUGCUGUUUUUUCAGCAUAAUCGAACAGCCUAUGACAUUGUAGCAGGAACCAUUGUGGUAAAAAGAAAUGGGGUCAGAUGAUGUCCCAAAAAGCCCUGAAUUCCACUCUUUGGAAUAAUGACAAGACUAAAUUAUGUGUCAAGGCCAUGAGUAUCCCUGGGUAAAAUUGGUGUAGAAAUUAAAGCAGUCACUUCAGUGUGAUGCAAGUGACUGUUCUGAAAGUGUUGAUUUUACUUGAAUGCCAAAGAACUUUUCCAGAAGAAAAACCUAUUAAAUUCAAGUGUUAAAAAAUUGUAGAUCAAAAAGGAGGCAAAUUGUUUCAUAAUCAACAGUGGACAGUAUAUACUUUCUUAAGAUCUAAGGCAUUAGGAUUUGUUGAAAGCAUUUUCAGCUUUGAAAUCUCCAAAUGAAACUUUAAAAUUUUAUUUUGGUUUAUCCCAAAAUGAUGGAAGAUGUCCAGUUGUGUUUUGUAAACACCUACAGUUUAUCUUUAGUUAACACUUCUUGGGGAAAUGGUUCUGUUUUUGUGUGGGGAGGGAGUAAGAGCACAAACUGGCCAUUUCACUCACCUCCCAUGCCAGCAGGCGUUGAGUCAGCGGCAAGCUUCCUGGAAGGGGCAAGCGAGGCAGGCCUAGCAGCUCCUUGCCUCGAGUUUCGCCUGUGCUGCAGUUCUCUGCAUUGAAGGUGUAACUUUGCCACUAUUCUUAAUGCUUAAACAUGUAUUUGGGGGCAAGUUUUUCAUAAUGAUGAAAAAGUAUUAAGUCUUAUAUUAUCACUGAUUUUCUUUUUAUGAGAAAAGGUAAGUUAAGUUAGUGAUUGCUUAUAAUGGCAGGGGGUGUAAAUUUCCACUGUAAAUUUAAAACAUACAGUUCAUGUGCAAGUAUUUUCAGUGCCCUAAAAAUCAAACUAUGACUAAGUGGGGAAAACGUAACUUCCAUCAAAAUGUUGCAUAUUUACUAUAAAACAAUAUACCCAGUGGGUGUGCAGCAUGAACAAAGUGUUAAUGCUUUUCAGUGUUGUGAAUGUGAGUGUAACUUAUAUUUAUACACAGCAUACUCACAUAGUAGUUCCUUUCCUCUUAUAUGUUCCAUGACUGCCGAAACAUCCACUUAAAUACAUCAUCUUAGUAUCUCAUGAAUAAUUCUAAAUGCUAGUAGCCUGUGAAAUGCUAGCAACUUUCCUAUUGUGAACUGUUCUCACUGAACCAAGGAAGACCAUCAUCUCCAGACAUAUUUACAGCUGCUUUAAGCUCAUUUUGGGCCUGCUAGGGAUGGAGUUGUGGGGGAAAUGUUAAGCAAAGUAAUACUUGCAAAGUCAUGGGGUUUUGUUCAUGUAUGUGUGUGCUUUUAUUGUAUGUCCCAGUUAGCUGUGUUGAGAUAAACCUGAACUAUUUAUAGUUUGUUUCUCAUUUUAUCCAACUCUGACACUAUUUUCCAAAAAACACUAAACUCUGUACUGCAGUUUAAAAUUACGCCUGUUUAAGGGAUCAGUCUAGGCUUUGUUCUUGGUCUUAAAUUUAUAGUAAACUCAAGACAUGUCUGUUAUCACUGUACCAGUUUUUAAAGUGGAUUUUUCUUUGCUACUUAAAACUGUGAAAAUAACAUUUGUAUACAAACUUUAGCAAUGUCCUUAUUAAUCCGAGUUUAUUGUAAAACUUCACAAUUCUUGUUUUUCAAAAUAAUUUUAUAUUAAACUUUACAGAAAGAGUAUUAGUUAAGUGUGUCCAAGUACUAACUAGAUGGUUCACUUGUAGCCUCUGCAAAGAUUGUUUUAUGGCUCUUCACUAGAAAAAGAAAAAAAAAAAACUUUUAAUUGUAUUAAAAAUUGGGAAGUGUUAUACAAACUUACCAGGAUAAACGCUACUUUUGUCACUGGGGAAUUCGAGUCAAAAUGCCUUCAAUCACAUAACUGUGGAAUAUAUCUUUGACAUAAUUUCUACUCAAAUAAUAGUUGUCAUCAAGGCUUUUUAUUUAUACAAAAAACCCAAGUAGUCCAGUUUGAUUAGCUAUGGUGAGAUAACUACAAUUUGCUGUACAUGAAUCAGUAGUGUCUAGAUCCAACUAUGGACUCAAGCUGUACUACAUAUUCCCAUAAGAUACAUAUGAGUAUUACUUUGCCUUUACAACAAAACCCAAGUCUGUUUCUAUUUAGGAAUUCAGUGGUUAGAGAAAGCACUUUUGAUUACCAGAGUCGAAAAAUGUGACAAAACAAUGGGGAAAAGGGAAUGUGACCCAGUGUCCCUUUUCUUGUGGGGUUACAGGGGGAUCUCCUUUUCAAGAUACUUUUAUAUUUGGUAUAUUUCACUUUAUUUUACUGGUUUUCCUGUGUCAAAAUGUAAUUCUCAAGUUGAAGCUCUAGCCUCAAAAGGCGAAAGAAAAAAAAAGGGUUCUUAGUACAAACAUUAUUCAUCACUUUAAAAGAAUCCUGCAGGGCUGGGGAUAUGACUCAGCUGGUAGAGUGCUUGCCUUGCAUGCACAAGGCUCUGGGUUUAAUCCCCAGUGCCACCCAAAAAAUAAAAUCCUGGAGUGGCUAUCCCACUGGCAGGCUGAUCAGUUGGAGCAGAAGCUGGGCCCUGGGUACUCACGUGCCGAGUCAAGGCCUUGACUUAGACCACUCUGUCCUCAGAAAUAAAGCCCACACGUCUGGAUGAUAAGCCUUCACUUGCCAGUAUUAUGAAAAAGUAUGGCCCAACUCCUAGCACUGGCUCAGUAGUUCUACCUAAAUGUUCACCUUCCACUUUCUCAAGUGUUUAGGAUUGGGGGGCCACCUGUUAGGGCCACCUGUCUAAUGUUUUAAUAUCUUAAAUGAUAGCAAAGUUUAAUUCAUACAUUAAAAGAAUUUGUUCCCUUUAGUGAAUUGAGUGUUUUGCUUAUGCAUAAACUUAUUUCCAUCAGUGGGAAGGCAGAAAGGGGUGAAAAUUUAUACUUGGUAUAUAAGGGACUUUUUGAGGGGGAUGAGUAUUGGAUGUUUUCAUUCUACAUUUAACCCUAUUAAAACAGGCUAUUGUUUCUUUGAAUAUACCUAGAUAACAGUAUUCCUAAAAUAUGACAAGUACCAUAUUUAAAUUCUUGCCAUUUCCCAUCCCUAGUACCAAAGUCGUUACAAUGUGUGCUUGCAUGAGUGAAGUUCCUCAUUUCAAAUAGUAUGUGCAUAUUAUAGUAAGGCUUGACCUGCAAACAGUUUAUGAUGUCUCACCAAUAAACGAAACCCAUCAUUCUAUUUUUAAUAAUUUAUAUGCCACCAGUUUGUAUUUUUCUCAAUAAAUACUUAUGUCACCAAUG